UACAUGUGAUGUGGAAGAUGCGUGUUCCAUUUAGAUUUGUUCUGAGCACCAUUUUUAAAUUAAACGCAACUUGGUACCACCAAAACAAGUGACUAGUCGUGGCAUGUAUAUCCUUCCUUGGAUUUUGAUUUUCAUUUAAAGAAAAAAACAAAAGACUUGCGACUAUUGAGCGUGGCUUGUCAACUUCAAAAAACCCUACCAAUAAUCAUGAUAUCAUUCCGGCUGUCUUCGCCAAUCUUCUCUUCUUUACGAUCAUCCUACACGAAUAAUCGCUCAUCCAUGUCUCUCCCAUCAACAAUCAGUGUUUCUCAAAAUUCACCAUCCUCGGUAAUUUGUGAUGGUGAUUCCUUCUUUAGGAGUGUGCUUUCAAGUAUGGAACAAGUAUACUUGAACCGAAACCCAACCGCUAAAGCAAUCUUGGAACUCGCCCGAUCCACCGAUGCUAAUCAAAUAUGCUACGAUCAUCUUGCGUAUCGCACAUUCGGUGUAAAUGGUCAUGGGAUCGAGUCUAUGUCAAAGCUGUUCCUAGAUUUUGGUUAUACCCAACGGGAAGAGUUGAGAUUUCCAAAAAAGAAGCUAAAAGCAUUCUGGUUUUCUCCUCCUCCUACUCCUAGUGUCAGUAGUGGCAGUGGCAUCCAUGGACCCUUGCCUAGAGUCUUCAUCUCAGAACUCCUCGUAGAUCAAAUGACCAAAGAAGCCCAGGAUAUAAUAAAAAAAUACACGGGGCUAUCAGCUGCUGGACAUGAACACAGUGCCCUUUCGAGUGCUCUAGGUUGUUUGACAUGGCCGAAACCAUCACAUGUGGAAUUCCAACAAUUAGCCAGAGAAAGCGAGUAUGCUGCAUGGACUCUGGUAAACGGGUACACACUGAAUCAUGUAACCAUAUCCGUUCAUAGGCUCGUAUCCCCCUUGAACAACAUCGACAACUUUAAUCAGUUCAUUCAGGACAAGGGCUUCAAGUUGAACUCUGAAGGGGGUGUUCUCAAGGUGAGCCCAGACGGUCUACUGCUUCAGAGUUCAACAGUUGCAGAUUCUAUACCAUUUGAGUUUUCUGAUGGCUUCAGAGAACCAGUCCCUUGUUCGUACAUUGAGUUUGCUCAACGCCUUGUAUUACCACAAUACAAAGACUUGCCCCAGGAUAAGGUUGAGGAGGUUCAUAGAAGAGACGGUUUUGAGGUGGGCAAUGCUGACAAGAUAUUUGAGAGCACCUCAAAAGAUCAGUUAACCAGGAGAGCUUGAUUUGGUGUGAAUCAAAGUUAUGUUAAGUUGUCUGUUACUAGAAUAAACCAGAAUCAUAUGUGAAGUUGUUUGGAACUAAAAGCUAUGUUAACUUUGAAGUGACUAGUUAGUUACUAAUUGCCCCAUCUCUUUUGAACGGUUACGUAAUGGUAAUGUUGGAAUUUAAACCGCA